AUGACGACCAGUCCGGCCGAUCCGCGAUCCGCCCAACGCACAGCCGUACAAGCCGCCAAGCAGCGCAAACAACAAGCGCGGUCCGUCGAGGUUGUGGAAUGUCCAGGAGGCUUUCCCCUGUCGCAAAAGCCAAACAAGCGUCAGAGGGUACCCGCAUCCGUUUCCGAUACACCGAACGAAAAACGACCGCCAAAAUCCAAAUCGUUGUUGGACUGGAAUACGACCGUGCAACAGGUCCGGUCGUACGGUGCCACGGCCUUUGUCGGCAAACAGAAACGCAAUUUUGAAGACGAGCAGUACAAGUUGUUGACGGGUAGGCACCGUAAGAAGCACCAGGUGCCGUUACCGAUUGUUCGUGGCAUUCAGAAAAAGGCGGCGGCACGACACGUACGGGAGCUGCGAGAAGCCAAAGAAGCCGGAAUUGUCCUACCCACCGUGUCCACUAAACGAAAAGACAAGAAAGGUUCCAGCGCGUCGGAUGUACACGGUCCCGCUCCUUCGAUCGGGUUCAUGAGCAAGGGAGUUUUGCGACUGAAAAAGAAACCCCUGUAG